AUGACACCACCACCGCCGCUCUACCACGCGCUCCUCCGCCCAGCCAUUCUCCAAAUCCUACGCGCGACAGGCUACCACGGCGCCAAGACCUCUGUCCUCGACUCCGUCACGGAUUUGGCCGCGCGGUACCUGCUGCGCCUGUGCCAGCUGACGGCUCUCUACGCGACGCACAACAACGCCGAGCCAUCACCGCCACCGUUGCUCUUCUUGACUACGACCUCGGACGAGGACGGGGAGGCUUCACCAGCAGCACCCCCACCACCACCACCAAUACCAUACCCGGCCGUGCCCGCGCCGACCAUCGUCGACGUACGCAUGGCACUGCAGCGGGCCGGCGCACUCCUGCCAGAACGGAUCCUCGAGGAGCAGGAGUACCUCGGCGGAGAGGACACGCGCGGGGUCGAGGCGUUCAUCGCGUGGGCGACGGGGCCGCUGAACCGGGAGAUCAAGAGGAUCGCGCUGGACGGGAAUGACGAGGCGGCGGAUUACUUGGACGCGCUGAAGAAAAAACACAGCAAAACCGACGACGACUCAAAGUACCUGGGAACGCCCCUGGGGCGGAGCAUCGAGCACGGCGACGUGCUGGUCGAAGGGAGCGAGUGCCCGAGCAUCUUUGUCUGGGAGGAGCGGAGGCGCGUCGCGGGCCAGAAGACGCCUGAGCCACAGCAGCAGCGCGAGGCCAAUGGCGAUGGUGACGGCGACGGCGACGGCGAGGAGUCGCGGCCGUCGAGCUCUGGGCUCAGUUCGCUUGGGGAUCGCCACAUUGCGGAUGAGAUGGACUUGUCAUAG